UAUCUUUGCGGUGCGCCGUUCAGACCAAACCUUACUUCUCCGCUCGCCUCUCCUCCACUACCACCGCCACACACACCACACACCUGCGCCUGUCACAAACCUACAGGACUUCACCACCACCACCACCACCACACACCUGUACAUAAAUAGACACACGCUCCUCCUUCCUAAUCUCAGUGACUGGAGCCUCGUGUUCGUAUUGUAAAACGUAGAUUUGUUUACUCGUAUUUCUUGAGUUGGUCUCCGUGACAACAAGGCGAUGCGAGGCGAGGCGUGGUGCUGAUUGAACUAAAAUGAGGCGGAGGAAAAUAUAAGUGGAAAGUUAUUUGAAUAUACGAAACAUAAUUUGAGAAAGUGAACGACAAGAGGAGGAGGGAGAGAGAGAGAGAGAGAGAGAGAGAGAAAGAUAAAAACUAAAUAAAUGAUUGAAAAAUAAAAAAGAGUAAUAUCAAGAACACGUCAUAAUUACAGACUACUUGAAUUAUAAUACUAAAAAAAAAAAGAAAAGAAAACACGAAUUAAAACCAAGAGAAACAUAUACCCCUGAAUCAAACAUAAGAAAAACAACCAGAAAAACCAACGAUAACAAAUAGAACACGCAUAUACACAUAGAUCACAAGCCACUAAAAUAGAUCAACUCAAUUAACUAAGAAAGAAAAUACGUGCAACAAGAAAAAGAAAAUCAAAGACGAAGAGGCAAAAAAGGGAAGGCUGAAAGGAAGGUAACGCAAAAAGGUUAAGAGGAGGAAGCAGGUUCAAAGCCGCCGCAAUGACGUCAGGAACAGAUGCCAAGAGUAAGAGGGACCGAAGAAAGUCCACGGCAAACCCAAACAACCCACAAGCAGCAGUGGAGGAGGAACUCGCUUCGUCAAACCCCAAUCAGCGGAACUGGCGGGGCAUCAUCAUUGCUGUGCUGGUCAUCUGCUUCGUCCUGGGCAUGAUAGUCACCUCCGUGCUGCUGCUCACGCCUCCUGACGACGGGCCGAGAGUCAAAGGAAGAAGAUUUGAGUUAGAAGACAUAUUAGGGGACGACUUUAAGAUACCCACUUUCAAUGGAACGUGGGUGACAGAUCAUGAGCUUGUGUUCAGGGACCCUGCCGGUGGACUGUCCGUCUUUGAUGCUGAGACUCUCACUUCGCGGCUCCUCGUCUCCAAUAUCACAUUUAGACAGCUCAAUGUGGCCCAUUUCAGCGCCUCUCCUGACCUUCGCUACGUGCUACUCGUCGAGCACGGUCAGAAGGUGUUCCGUCACUCCUUCAAGGCGAAGUACCACAUCUUCAACUGCCAGACACAACACAUCAACAAGCUGUCGCCCAAGCCUGAGGAGCGCGACCACCCCCUGCUGCUGCUGGCUCGCUGGGCCCCGCGCGGCACCUCCCUGGUCAUGGUGGACGAGCACUACAACAUAUUCUACAGACCAUCAGCAGAUAAGGAGACCGUGCACCGCCUCACUCACACGGGCCGUCCUGGAGUCAUCUAUAACGGUGUGCCCGACUGGGUGUAUGAGGAGGAGAUCCUGGGCACUAACAGCGCCCUCUGGUUCUCUCCUGACGGGGCAAAAUUGGCCUAUGCAUCACUGAAUGACUCCCUCGUGGAGACGGUGGCCAUCCCUCAGUACGUCUCCAACCACCAGCAGUACCCGACCAUGCGCAACCUCAGAUACCCAAAGCCCGGCCAGGAGAACCCCAAGGUCACGCUAUGGGUGAUUGAUCUCAUUAAUCUGAGGUCAAUUAAGCCCCGUGACCUGAAGCCCCCGAACGUGGUCAAAGACCAGUUAGUGCACUCCGCAGUGUGGGACCACUACUUCACGGCGCUCUCCUGGGUGGACAACGAGGAAGUCAGCGUGGUGUGGAUGAACAGAGCUCAGAACAUCUCCGUCAUCACCAUCUGCUCGCCACCUCUCUACUUCUGCGAUACGACGCACCGUGAGCAGUCAGGCGGGCGUGGAUGGGUAGAGCUGUACGACGCGCCUAUCUUCUCCACGGACGGCCAAAGCUUCCUGGUGCGCCUCCCCGUUAGGAAUGGGGAUCAAGGAGAGUUCAAGCACGUCAAUCUGUACAACGUCCGCAUGCAUCAGGUCAUCCCCAUCACUCAUGGCGCUUACGAGGUCACAGAGAUUCUCGGCUGGGAUCAGAACAACAACUACAUUUACUACAUAGCCACGAUGGAAGGCAAGCCAGGGGACCGCCACCUGUUCCGCACUUCAGACGUCACCUCGCCCAUGAUGCUGAUGCCAGAUUGCCUCUCCUGCCUCGAAGCCGACAACAACACGGACACAUGCCUGUACAACCGCGCCCACUUCUCCAAGGACUUCAGUUACUACGUGCUGGAGUGCCAGGGACCAGACGUGCCCCGAAUCUACCUCUUCUCAACGUGGAGUAACCAGCUCAUCUACACGCUGGACAACUACAGUGAGCUGAGGGAGCGCGUGGAGGAGAUGGCGCUGCCGAAGACGCAGACGUUCCGCGUGGAGCUGGAAAGCGACAACCCGUACACUUACCACGUGCAGCUCCUACUUCCCCCAGGCUUCAGGGACGACGAGAUCACGCAGUACCCGAUGGUUGUGCACGCAUACGCGGCACCAGGGUCCCAGGCCGUCACUAGCAAGAUGCAGUUCUCUUGGGGGACAUACCUCGCCUCCAAGAAAAAGAUGAUCUACGCUAUGAUCGACGGACGAGGCUCAGGGUUCCAGGGAGACAAGAUCAAACGCGAGAUAUACCAUGAGUUGGGCGGCAAGGAAGUGAAGGACCAAGUGGCAGUGGCUAAGUACCUCCGCGACAACCUUCAUUUCGUCCACCCGCGCAAGAUCACUAUUUGGGGCUGGAGUUACGGCGGCUACGUUACCACCAUGGCCCUGGCUCGCGACGCUGACAACGUGUUCUCCUGCGGCAUGGCUGUGGCUCCCGUGGCUCGCUGGGAACACUACGACUCGGUGUACACAGAGCGCUACAUGGGGUCGCCGCGAGUGUACCCCGGCAGCAACUACAAGGGGUACGAGGCUGCAGACGCUACAAAGGUGGUGGGCAACUUGAAGGGCAAGAUGUUCCUGUUGGUACACGGGACGGCAGACGACAACGUGCAUUACCACCACUCCAUGAUGUUGGCCAAAGCGCUGGUGGAUGAGGACGUUCUCUUCCAGCAAAUGACGUACGCAGACGAGAACCACGGCCUGACGAACGUGAAGGAGCACCUGUACCGUACACUAGACAAGUUCCUCGCCGAUUGCUUCCGCCCCACCAUUCCAGAGCUGUACUUCCUCAUCAAGAAGAAGAAGAAGGACGUGGAAGAAAUUGGGUACCUGUAAGGGCAAUGAUAGCGGCUGGGCGCUGCGGAGGACCAGGGGAGGCGGGCAAGACGCUCAUGGAGGCUUGAGUGGCGAAUUUCCUCUCCCUCUCCGGUCCUCAUUCAAUUCUCCUUAGAUCAACUCCAGGACAAUAUAUAUUUUUUUCUCUAGCGUGAUACUGAAUAUUGUUUAUGAUAAUACUUUAUAUUCUGACUUGAACGAACGUCAUCAUGGGGUCGGUCGCCCGCCUGGCAUCGCGGCGCCUGACUGGGCUUGUAAUGCUUUUUGAAAUGUUUGUAUAACAGGACUUCGUAAAUUAUGAAGGGUAUUUAGCGUAUACAUAUAUGUAUCGUUUAAGGGACACAUAUUAUAUACAUACAUGUAUUUUUUUAGGCUAGCGUUGUCUCGAAAGAUGAAUCAAAGUGGGUAUGAGUGUUCGGCGGUUCCUUUAGGGCAGCAUGAGCGUGACCCGCCGCGCACAACACCAUCCAUGUCACUCAUUGAUCAUAGCAUUGCCUGUUUGAUCGUUUCAGAUGAGAUUGUAUACUUAUACUGUGGUGCAGUAUGAUACGACCAGAGUUUUCUAGUGACAUUGUAACAUUUUUUUCAACACCAUAAAAUGAGAAAGGCCUGUAGACUAAAAACUGUCAUAUUUUUUAUUUGCUAGAAUAAUAGAGGUCAAAUAGCCAGAGCGGAUCCGUCAGUAUUGUUACGUAGUCUGCUGCCCUUAGGGUGUUUUGUUCCCAACAAAGAAAUGCAGUAUAUGAAAAAAAGCUAGCACCUUAUGGCGGGCCACGAGGCAGUCUGCUUAAAAAUCAGAAUGACUGGUUCAUUUUAUUAACUGAGAGCGACACAAUCUCACACCCAGUACGUGCUUGACGUGGCCACCUCGUGCACCGCCAAGCCAGCGAGCGCUGCUAAAGACGAGCACAAGGUGGCCAAAGCAAAGCCAGGUGGUGGUGAGCCUUUGGCAGGGUCUGGCGUGCGGCACGAUGGCAAACAUCUGAUCCAGCUUCAUGAUGUGUUGCACUUGCACACAAUACACCCUGCCACAGGUGGUGAGAGAGGAAUGCUGUUGCGUUCCUCUGACUUCCAUCCCAUCCCCGAGGCCUUCCACCGCGUGUGGGGGCCAGCGUAUUUCAGAUAUACAUAGUAGUGCCUCCCUAGUCAUUAAUGCACAAUAUUGAUCAUUACUUAAUUCUUACACGUUAAUGUACAUUGCUCUUUUCUACAGUGAAAUGCUCACAAGCAUUCUAUUUCUUUAAUACGAUUAUUUUUCGUUCUUGCACUCUACCUACAAUGCGAAAAAAGGUCAAAUGUACUGACUCAGGAUAUGUACUGGGAUUACAUUUAAACGUAAAGAAAUUCAUCAGUUUUGAUGCAUACGUGUAAAAAAAAUAUCUACGUAGUUAACGCCAACACUCCGACACCCUGUUGAAAAGGUAAAUUCAGUCCCGUGGUCAAGAUUAGCUGAGAAUUGCUUACUCCCUGAGCCAAGGCGGCUCCUGCGCGUGGCGGGCUGCGUGCUCGGCGAGCUGUGUGUCUCGUGGUGUGUUGUGGUGAGGAAAGGGACUAAGCAGACCCGGGACGUGUUUCCGCCAGUCUGGGGUCAGCUGGUUAAGGAAGUGCCCAUGUUGUGCCCCGUCAACUCGCGACGCGAUGCUGUUUAUGGCAACACAACACAGGUAGAAUAUAAUGUUGAUUCCUUGCAGUCAGGUUUCUGGAGUACAGCCGUGUGAGGUUAGGUAGCCUAUAAGGGAGGGAGCAAACCAAGGAGGUUAUAUUGAAGGGGCGGCAGGCUCCUAUCUUGCUGUACUAAAAAAAGUGAGGCCAGUGGGGGGAGCUUACGAUCGCAACUUACACCCAAAACAUUGCCCUCUCCCGUGUUAUGCAAUGGGAAAUUGACACUUUCUUUUUCAUUAUUAGAGGAAAACUAUGAAAGAACUAUUGGUUUAACUUAUAUAAACCACAUUGUAGUUUCCUAAAUAUGUCAUGUAGAUAUAUAAUUGACGGUGUUAAUAUGAAAUAGCUACAAUAUUGAAAAAAAAAUACAGCAGGAGGUUUCCAAGAGAAAUUAUGGCAAAAAGAUUACUUUUCUCUUUUAUUGCAUGACAAAGAACAAAUAGCUAGUGAAGUAAAAUUUCAGUAAUUGAUGCUUGUUCCAGUGCCCAGUGACACAGCAUCUUAAACAAAAGUUAUAAAAGAGAGAGAGAGAGAGAGAGAGAGAGAGAGAGAGAGAGAGAGAGAGAGAGAAUAUUAAUUAAUGUAUAUCUUUUAGAGAGAGAUAGAGAGAAUUUUGUGUUUAAGUUAUUGCUAUACCAAGAAAAAUCAACCUCCAGGCCAACUUUCACCUGAUAUACAUUUUAUUUAUCCUUCAUUUAAAUGCACAUGGAAAUGUGCAUGUUUACAUCUACUUGCACAUGUAUGUUCACAUGUAUACAUGACCUAGUUCAGUCAUACGUUUGCCUCCAAGACCCCACCUCUCACCCAAGUCCACCAAAGCUGGACAACACUGUAUUGUCUCAUUUGUAUGUAUGAUCUAACGUCUAAAUCUUGGUGGCACAGUAUGCCAUGACUAUUGCGAAUCUAUUAAAGUCACAUAUAUGGUAGGCAACCUC